CAAGCCGAAAACACAGUUUCACACAAAUUGCCUAGAGUUUCCCGUAGACAUGAAAUUGUGGACGAAAUUUCGAAAACGUCUGAGGAAACAUUACUGGAACUGGUACAACAGCAAAAGGUCAAAGCCGAAUCAAAGGCCGAUACCAACGGAGAAUGAACUCUGGCUGGAGUAUUAUGCCGAUUACCUUCACAUCUGGCCCUUUCGGGAGCUCUGUUCCAGAUUGGAAACGAAUACGGUUCGGGGCCUGACUGACGAUGCUGCCAGGAUGAAGCUGGCCCGUAAUGGCCAGAAUGCUCUGCCGAUUAAAACCAAACAUACUCCAUACAUUUUGAAAUUGGCCAGACACUGUUUCAGCAUAUACGGCGUACUACUGCUCCUGAGUGCCAUAGCCUGUUUCAUCCUCUUUAUUUGGUUGAAAAAAAAUUCCACUGACGGUUGUUUUGAAUAUUUAGCAACCAGUUGCAUACUCUUCUUCACUUUUGUUCUUUAUGGAUAUUUGCAAAAGUUGCAGGAAAUCGAUACCGAACCCUUGGUCACGGCCUUCGAGGAUUUAGUUCCCAGGUAUUGCACCGUGAUACGGGAUGGCGAAAAGGAGAUCAUUCUCACCGAGAAGGUGGUCAUGGGCGACAUCGUGCCGAUCAGUUAUGGACAGCGCCUUCCCGCCGAUUUGCGAUUCUUCAACUGUUUCGGCUUGGAGGUCAAUAAUGUGGCCUUGACCGGGUAUACGGAUCCUUUUCAGAUUAUUCCUUUGUCAAUCGAUGGCCGCCAGUCGCGGUACUCAACGCAAAUUUAUUAAAUUGUAUAUUCAAAUUUUAAAUAAAAUAAAUUAAA